CUCCUCCAGCAAAACCCCCCAUUGCAGACGCCGACCCCCGCCUCGAACUCUCCAGUGCUGCCUCCACAGUUUUCGCCUCGCCGCCGCCGCCGUCGUCGUCGCCAUGGCGAUCACCGCCCAGACCCCCGACAUCCUCGGCGAGCGCCAGUCCGGCCAGGACGUCCGCACGCAAAACGUGGUGGCGUGCCAGGCGGUGGCCAACAUCGUUAAGUCCUCGCUUGGGCCCGUGGGGCUCGACAAGAUGCUUGUGGAUGAUAUUGGUGAUGUUACCAUAACAAAUGAUGGAGCAACCAUUUUGAGGAUGUUGGAAGUCGAGCAUCCAGCAGCCAAGGUUCUUGUUGAGUUGGCUGAGCUUCAAGACAGAGAGGUGGGAGAUGGAACGACAUCUGUUGUGAUAAUAGCCGCAGAAUUGCUAAAGCGGGGCAAUGAUCUUGUGAGAAACAAAAUCCAUCCGACAUCUAUUAUCAGUGGCUACAGGCUUGCUAUGCGUGAAGCUUGCAAAUAUGUUGAAGAAAAGUUGGCUGUCAAGGUUGAUAAACUUGGAAAGGAUUCUCUUAUAAACUGUGCGAAGACAAGCAUGUCCUCGAAGCUGAUUAAUAGUGACAGUGAUUUCUUCGCAAAUCUGGUUGUCGAUGCAGUCCAAGCUGUGAAGACCACAAACGCUAAGGGAGAAGUGAAGUAUCCUAUCAAGAGCAUUAAUAUUUUGAAAGCCCAUGGUAAAAGUGCCAAGGACAGUUACCUGCUGAAUGGGUAUGCACUAAACACAGGCCGUGCAGCUCAAGGAAUGCCUACUAGAGUAACCCCGGCAAGAAUUGCAUGUCUUGAUUUUAACCUUCAGAAGACAAAAAUGCAAUUGGGUGUUCAAGUCCUUGUAACUGAUCCAAGGGAACUUGAGAAAAUUCGUCAGAGAGAAUCUGACAUAACAAAGGAGCGAAUUGAGAAAAUUCUGAAGGCUGGUGCUAAUGUUGUACUGACCACUAAGGGAAUUGAUGAUAUGUCACUGAAGUACUUCGUUGAGGCUGGAGCAAUUGCUGUAAGGCGUGUGCGUAAGGAGGAUUUGCGCCAUGUUGCCAAGGCUACUGGUGCAACUAUGGUAUCUACAUUUGCUGAUAUGGAAGGUGAAGAGACAUUCGAUUCAUCGUUCCUUGGACAUGCUGAUGAAGUUGUUGAGGAAAGAAUUGCUGAUGAUGAUGUAAUUUUGGUGAAAGGAACAAAGAACACCAGCGCUGUCUCAAUUAUACUUAGAGGCGCAAAUGACUUCAUGCUAGAUGAGAUUGACAGAUCAUUGCAUGAUGCAUUGUGCAUUGUGAAGAGAACUCUGGAAUCCAAUAUGGUUGUUGCUGGUGGUGGUGCAGUUGAAGCUGCAUUGUCUGUAUACUUGGAGAAUCUUGCUACAACCCUUGGGUCCAGGGAACAGUUGGCCAUUGCUGAAUUCGCGGAAUCUUUGUUAAUCAUUCCAAAGGUUCUUUCUGUCAAUGCUGCAAAAGAUGCAACUGAGCUUGUAGCAAAGCUUAGGGCAUAUCAUCAUACUGCUCAAACAAAGGCUGAUAAGCAACACUUUUCAAGCAUGGGUCUUGACCUUUCAAAAGGUAUCAUUCGCAACAACCUUGAAUAUGGUGUCAUUGAGCCAGCAAUGAGUAAAGUAAAGAUUAUUCAGUUUGCCACUGAGGCGGCCAUUACUAUCCUGAGGAUUGAUGACAUGAUCAAACUUACGAAGGAAGAGAGCGGGAACGAAGAGUAACAAGCAUUGACACUCAUUUUUGUGAUCACGAGUGAUCUGCUAUGUGUGAUGGUUGUGAUAGACCCCUAGAAUGUUUGUAAGUUUUUUGUUUGUCUUUAAUUAGACAUUCACUUAGGAUAUUGUACCAAGGAGUUCCGGGAGAAUGUGUAUCCGUAUUGUGUUUAAUGCUAUUUUGGAACGACCGUCACGGUUUACUCUCUAAGACUGUUGCGGGCAAAGCUGCUCUGUUUUUAAAACGAGGACCUCUUGCAGACUGUUGCGGUAAAGAUACUAUGUUUUCAAAA